AUGAUGAUUAGUGUAAAAACCUAUUAUCCCGCCAGAGUGCCAUGUAUUGGAGUCGGGAUUUUGACUCCGGCGAGAUUCGCGUGGUCAGUCGCGAUUCUUCCGACAGAUUUUCGAGGAAAAAAAAAUGCCGAUCGAGCAGAUGGUGGGUGCCCAGCAGGAGAAGACGAUUGUUCGAUCCCAGGUGGAGGAAGUGCCGACAGCGGCGAGAGGCAGGGACUGACGGCGGCUGGAGGCAUGGACGAACCGGCUGUGGAUGGCGAUUGGCGUGGGACCGGUGACCGGCGACAUCGGCGGAGUCCGGCGGUUGCGACUAAGACACAGCCUGUGUGUAGUUCUAAACGAAGCUCUCUGCCUUCGACGACAAAGUCCGAGCUUCAGCAGAAGAAAUGGGAGAAAACGAGAAUGCUGGUCGAGGCCCGGCUAGAGGGUCUCAAACCUAAGGAAGACAAUUGUGGAGACUUAUCCAAUUUCAAUCUCGCGAGAAGCACUAACAAAAAAUCACCUGAAGAAAUGGUGAAAAUUGAUGAGCAUGUCAUAAGUUACGAACCACCCAUGGAGAAUGCAAAAGGAGGCGAUGAUGGCAAUGGCGGUAAUGUCUUGAUCUCUGCCUUGGAAAGAGCACAGCAAAUUCAAGCUAAUCUGCCGUCCAAGUUCCCUAGUUUUGUAAAGCAUAUGAGCAAAUCCCAUGUCGUACGCGGAUUCUGGUUGGGUCUACCAAGUAAACUCUGUGUUGAUCAUCUGCCAGAGCAUGAUUCAACAGUAAUUUUGGUGGCUGCAAAUGAGCAUGAUUCAACAGUAAAUUCGGUGGGUAAAAGUAAAGAACAUAGUACAAAGUAUUUGGCGGGUAAACAAGGGCUGAGUGCUGGAUGGAGAGGUUUUUCAAUUGAACACAAGUUGGUUGAGGGGGAUGCAUUGGUGUUUCAGCUGAUCAAAUCAUGCAAGUUUAAGGUACACAUAGUAAGGGACGGCACAUCUAAGGAAGAAAAUGCAGCUAGGAGCCUUCUUAACCUUCACGCGGAGGCAGAGCCAAUCAAGACAGUGAAAAUGAAAAAACAGCGGCGACCCGAGCAACCGCCAGUUGCAAAAAAAGCACGGAAAAAGCAUCUGGAAGAACCUGUAGUGUUAAAUCACAAUCGAAACAAAUGCUUUAGAAAAUCAGCAUCCAUCACCGAACCAGCUUCCGAUCAAUCUGGCAACAGCACCAAAAAUCUCGACGGCAUAAAACUCAAUUUCGAGGACGUAACAGGCUUUGAAGAUUUCGAAAUCGAAUACAACGGCCUAAUCCUCGACUCCCAUAUUCCAGGCCACCUCAGGGAAUGUUACUACAAACUCUGCCUCAGUAAAAAAUGUUUCCUCCACCAAAAUCUCGAUAAGGACCACAACAUAAAUCUGGUGGUAGGGCUGAUAAAUGAGACGGUCAAAAUUGCCAACGCCAUGCGAUUAGCCAGGCUCGGCACAGCCCUUGAUGAUCUGAAGAAGUGGGAUAAAACCCUGAAGGCCUUUGGGGAUAUGGGCAUGAUGGUGGGCUUUUUACGGGCCCGUAUACAGAAGCUGCUGAAUGUUUAUCAUGAGUCUCAGGCGGCGGGUUUUGAGAUGAAGAGAAAUGAGCUAAAGAAGGCGAAAGAUGAGCUGAGCAACCUCAGGAAGAGGAUCUCAGAGGGCGAGAGGCUGAUUGAGAAACUUGAUAGGGAGAUUGAUUAUUUUGAGGCUAAUAGAGGUGGUGAUGAUGAUCUCGAGGUUGAGUUCACCGAGAUAGCUGGCGCUCCGUGGUGA